AGGGAAGCCAAGUGAUCAAUUUUGGGCAACAUGAAGAUCGUGGCGCUUGUUAGUGGCGGCAAAGACAGCUGCUACAACAUGAUGCAAUGCGUCGCCAACGGACAUGAAAUUGUAGCUUUGGCGAACCUUAAACCGCCAGCUCAAUCGGGCAAGGAUGAACUCGACAGUUUCAUGUACCAAACCGUCGGCCACGAUGCCAUCCAUUUUUAUUCGGAUUGCAUGGAUGUUCCACUGUAUCGACGGGAAAUCCUAGGGGAAUCCCUGCUGCAAGGAUCGGACUAUGUUGAGACAGAAUGUGACGAAACCGAAGAUUUGUAUCUUCUUUUAAAAGAUGUUUUGAAUCAUCAUCCUGAAGUACGCGGUGUCUCUGUCGGAGCAAUCCUUUCCAACUAUCAGCGCGUCCGCGUCGAGCAUGUAUGCAAUCGUUUAGGUUUAACGUCGCUCGCUUAUUUAUGGCAACGCGACCAAAAGGAAUUAUUGGCAGAAAUGGCCAGUGCAGGGGUCAAUGCCAUCUUGAUCAAAGUGGCUGCGAUGGGGUUGAAGCCUGUCCAUUUGGGGAAGUCCAUCGGACAGAUGUUUCCGAUGCUUUGCGCCAUGAAUGAAAAGUACGAUUUGCAUAUCUGCGGCGAAGGUGGAGAGUACGAAACAUUCACCAUUGAUUGUCCUCUUUUUAAAAAAAGAAUCUCUGUUGAAGAAACCGAAACGAUUGUGCAUUCCGAUGACGCUUUUGCUCCUGUAGCGUAUCUGCGGUUCCUGAGAUGCUCUGUGGUAGAAAAGACAGCAGAAGAGAGACAAGCCCAUCCGGAAAAUGUAACGGUUCAAGAUUGGAAGGCGUGGCCAGAUUAUGAAACCGUCAAGUCCGCCGUCCAGAACAUGCCAUUAAAAGAAAAGGGCCGGCUCAAGGAGAUCGAUGCACAGACUACUGAAUCCUCGGACGACAUUCAUUCACUGCACGAUGUACGUGAACGAGCACCGUUUUAUUCUAUUGCCGGCACAACAGCUUAUGAUCACGAUGCAUCACACAUUUUUGCGGAUAUCCAAGAGGAGACCAAAGCAUGCAUGACAGCAGUACAAGAUAAAUUGCGUGCUGCCGGUCUUGACUGGCGUGAUGUUGUUAUGGUGAAUGUCCUCGUGGCUGAUAUGCAACAUUUCCAACAUGUCAAUGCUUUGUAUAACAAAUUCUUCGGUAUCAACCCCCCGCCGCGGGCACUUGUGGCCACGCAGUUAUGCAAACCUGCCCAAUUACAGAUCGAUGUAACGGCGGCCAAAGGCGUCCCAAGGGAAACGAUGCACGUUCAAGGUAUCUCUUAUUGGGCGCCGGCCAACAUUGGACCGUAUUCGCAGAGUGUGGUGGUCUCGGAUCAUGUCUUUGUUGCUGGUCAAAUCGGUUUGGAACCAUCAUCGCUCCGUCUACCUGAACCACGAUCAUUUGCAGAGGAAGCAUCACUGUCACUACGAAAUCUCGAAUCCAUCGUCACCACACUCAAGCUAUCACUCAAAACCCAAAUCAUGCUGUGUUACUGCUACGUCAGUCGUCCCGAAUUUCUUCCUCUGGCCGAAGCCGGCUUCAAAGCUUAUAUGGAAGAUGGAACCAACCCACCUACUGUAUAUGUGGCUGUAUCGGGAUUACCGAAAAGCGCCAUGGUUGAAUGGCAAGUCAUCCUGUAUGCAGAUCCGCCACAGGCACUUUAUGGCGACAAUGAUGACGACGACGACGAUACAGAUAACGAUUCGAAUGAUAACAAAAUUUCCACAAAUAACCUCGCGCAACUUGGCGUAUAUGCAACGGAUAAGCGGAUAGAUAAUGAUAACUCGAUGGUGGAGUUACGAUUGCAAGGCAAAUAUCGUGCAACGAUGGUGACUGCCACGCUAUCCUCGAAAAAAUCGUCCAUUUCGGUUGAGGAAAUUGUCAAGGAUCUGGUUGGUGGGUUAAAUGAGAGCUUACGUCUUUGCGACCAAUCAUGGUCGUCGGUCUUGUCGAUGCGAUUAUUUUAUAUCGAACAAGUUGCAGAAAACAGUGUGAGACAAGCUCUCGAUAUGGAAUUAUCGCAUUACCUCACGGAAUCUCCCGCCAUCACCAUGGUAUCAGCGCAGGCCGUCGGCAAGGAUGGUGAAGGCAUCCUUUCUUGCACUCUGCAUCUUAUUUCAUAGUCACAACAAACAUUAACAUUCAUGUCAUGAGAGACAUGUCCGAACGGUGUUGAUGUGAUACCAGCGUUAAUUGUGACAGAUUGGGUGGUCAUUAUUCCGUUGUCCCUUACAUAUGCGAUUUAGCUCCAUAAUAAUCACUGAGAUAAAACCAACAUCAUCAUUUGCCCCCUGAACGGCAUGUGAUGAUUUUUUUUUUAAAAAAAAAGAUACCAUUCGCAUGAUAAGUCAUGGUGAUGAAGGAAAAAUCCUAAAUGUCGAUGCUGAGCUGAAGCCGGAUAAUUUGGC